AUGAACAAGAAUACCUCUCUAAGCCGGCACCUGAAUAAAAUAAAAGCUAAAAGUCCAGUAAAGUAUUACUUUGCCAAUAAAUUCAAGCUUGAUGUUGACUCAUUGAGCAUCCCGAGCAGGAUCGAGAGCUUCAAGAUGACACCAAGCUCCAAAGGGAAACCCUCUAAGGUCAACUAUAAGAAAAUUGAGAAUAUGAUUGACGAGAAACUUAAGAUAAUGGCCAAAGAUUUAUACAAAGAACUCUACUCCUCAUUGACAAGAGUAAACAGAAAUUUUAAAUGAGAUCGCUGCUCUAUGGCAAGAACUGAAUACAUCACUCCAGAGAAGUCGUUCAAGCAUGACAAAGUUCGGAAGUCUAUCAUGAGCAACCGUUCUAAAAUGAUUCCGAGCCAAAGUUCUCAAGAUAAUUCGACUAGCCAAAACCAAAUGGUCAAAGUUAAAGACUCAGUAAAAUGCAACAAGCCUAGUCAGAAUUGUUUAACUAAACAGUUCAAGGCUUCUCUGAUGAAGAAGGCCCCUCAGUCUGAACAGAAGGCAAGCAAUAGGAUCAGCAUUAACCUUGCUUCUUUGUCAUCUUGUAGAGGAGAUGAGAUCGAUGAAAGAGAUUUUGAGCAUAGUGAUUUGAUUUCACUCUCAGAAAAUAAACAAUCAUUGUUCUCAACUCAAAGAGCAGAUAAUCAUAGAUUUAGUAAUCUAAAUCUCUCAAGCCCUUCUAUAACUCCUCAUGGAGAUUGUAAGGAUAUCCCAUGUGGGAAUUUGUGUCCACAGCUCUCUCCAAGAAGUCAGAGGAACAUUAUCUUGUCCAACUCAGGUUACCAAAAUAAACGUAAAUAAAUCUGUGAAUCUUGCUAAAAAAACCCAGAUAGGUGUUCCAUAUCAGAUGAAAAAUACAACCACUUUCUCUGUAAAAAGAGAUAUCGAGAAUAAAUAAGUUUGCAAUUGAGGCUAAUUGGUGGCAUCAAUGGUGAGAUUAUGUGAACCUUGAGCACUCCGAACAGCAAGAAAUGCUCAAUAGAAUCAAAGGAGACUCUGAGUCAAGCAAUUUCACUAACCUCUUAGCCCCCAAGCAUGGUGGCGACGAGGAUUCUAUUGAACCUGAAAAUGGGGUUUCCAUUACUGAAGAAUUAGGAAUUCCUACCCCAAUUAUAAAAACUAACCUAAAUGAUACCAAGAAUAGCUGAAAGAAAUUACUGAAAGCCAAAAGUACUGCUUCAGACUAUAUAGUUCAAAUGAACACGGAGGAUCUCUAUGAGAAGCCUGAAAAUAUUUGAAAUAAGAAAAUAGCAGAACUUGAUGAGAAAGGGGAAUUCCAGAUCAAGAGUGACUGCUGCGAGUCAUACGAUUACGUCCUUGUCAAUAUUAAUAUCUGGGAUUACCUCAAAAGAUGGUAUGACUAUGACAUUGAGGUCGAAGUAAAGAGCUAA